AUGAUCUUACUCAAGAUCUUUGUCGUACCCUUCCUAGCUGUAUGCGGUUAUGCAGUCGAGAUCACCGUUGCAUCUUCUGGCGGCAACGUGACCGUUAUGCUUGGAUAUGGCGCAAUGGAAGAGGAAAUCAACCACGCCGGGGACGGAGGUCUUUACGCUGAGCUUAUCCGGAACCGUGCGUUCCAGGGCAGCGAUCUCUACCCCUCGAGCUUGGAUGCAUGGGAGGCUGUAAACGGAGCAGAACUGGCCCUUCAGUCUCUCGCGGAUCCCCUGUCAUUGGCCCUCCCUUACUCCAUGAAUGUUAAAGGCAACUCUAGCGUCAUUGGCUUUAAGAACUCAGGGUACUGGGGCAUCGACGUUCAGGCUCAAACUUAUACAGGCUCCUUCUGGGCUCGAGGCUCCUAUAACGGAAGCUUCACUGCUGCUCUGGAGACUAGCGCUGGCGACACUCUCAUCAGUGUUGAGAUUGAUUCCGAAAGUGUCAGUGACGCAUGGGUCCAGCACAACUUCACUUUGACGCCUACUUCGCCCGCUUCCGAUACCGAUAAUGUCUUUUCUAUUACCUUUAACGCAGCCGAAGCCGAUGGAGGUGCCCUCGACUUCAAUCUGAUCAGCCUCUUCCCGCCAACGUACAGCGAUCGCCCAAACGGAAUGCGCAAGGACUUGAUGGAGGCUCUUGCAGUAUACGGUACUAAAUUCCUUCGUUUUCCUGGCGGUAACAACUUGGAAGGAGAGACUGUAGGUGACCGGUGGAUAUGGAACAAUACAAUCGGCCCCCUUACAAGCCGUCCUGGCCGUGCUAGCACCUGGGAUUAUGAGGAGACCGAUGGCCUUGGCUUGGUUGAGUACAUGGAGUGGUGUGAUGAUCUGGGAAUCGAACCGAUCCUUGCUGUCUGGAGCGGUCUUGCUUUGGAUGAAACAGUGGUUUCUGAAUCUGAAAUCGACAUUUAUGUCCAAGAAGCUCUUGACGAGCUGGAGUUUCUGACCGGUUCAGUUGACACUGAGUAUGGUGCGCUUCGCGCCCAGUACGGUCACCCAGAUCCAUGGACGAUUCGGUACGUGGAGGUUGGUAAUGAAGACUAUUUGAAUGGUGGAUUGGACUCGUAUAUUUCCUACCGCUUCUCGGCGUUCUACGACGCCAUCACAGAGAAAUAUCCCGAGAUCAGCAUUAUUGCCUCGACCAUCGAAAUGACACUGCCCGGGAAUGCCAAUGGGGACUACCACAUGUACGACACCCCGGACGCGUUCGUCGAGGCUUUCAACCAGUGGGAUCAGUAUUCUAAUGAGCAUCAUUAUCUCCUUGGCGAGCUUGCUGCCACCGAAUACAACGGCGCCGACGUGUCCCAAAUGUACCCUUGGUGGAGUGGAUCAGUGGGCGAAGCCGUGUAUCUUCUUGGUGCUGAGCGCAACGCUGACAAGAUCAUCGGGGCAACAUAUGCUCCUCUCAUGUGCAACAUUGACAGCUAUCAAUGGACCCCAAAUUUCAUUGCUUACGACGCGGACACCGCCGCAACCGCCCCCUCGACUAGCUACUACGUCUACCAGCUCUUCAACCAACACAUCAUCACUAACACCCUCCCUGCCAACUCUUCCACCGGUUUUGGUCCACUGUACUACGUUGCCGGUCUCGACAACAGCACCGACGAACGCAUCUUCAAGGCUGCUGUGUACAAUAGUACGGGUGAUGUUCCAAUCGGUCUUACCUUCGAAGGCGUUGACGAAGGCACGACCGCCCAGCUGACCGUGCGGACGGCCCCCGAGGCCACCUCCGCGAACGAGGUCGGGGGGGCGAAUGUGGUCAGCACCAACACCACAACGCUGACGGCAGGCUCUGGGGGGAUGUUUUCAUUUUCGCUUCCCAACUUGAGUGUUGCUGUGCUCGUGACGAGCAGCUCUACGGCAUAA